GCUCAAAUCGAAGCGGGUGAAAAGGAGGUUAUCACGGCUGAAUCCAGCGACUCUGAAUGCCCUAGUGAGGCUGGCAGCUGUAUUGUAGUGGGUGUGGCUGAGGAUCAAUAGUUAAUAGUAAUGAGGAGGUCGGGUUGUGAUCCGAUCGUUUUUGUGGUGCCAGAAACAGGGGGGUGCCAGGAAGUGGGGGGUUUGACUUACAACAUUGUUCACGAAGCCGGCUCCACCAUCAUCACUAAGCCCGAUUCUGAUCCUGUGGUCGCGUUCCCUCCGGUCCCGUACUCCUCGACCGAGGGUGAACUGGCCACAGUCAAGUUUUCAGCGACCGCGCUCGAUAUAGCUCCUGGCACAACUGGAGUUCUGACGGUAACCUUCAUUGAACCUGCCAGUGUUGAUGCGAAACUGUUCCCCAUCUAUGGCGGAUACAUCAACAUUGUUGGUUCCAAUGACGAGUCUCUACGCGUGACCUACGCUGGUAUCAAGGGCAGCGUCUAUGGCAGUAACAUCUGGGCCGACGAAUGGAUUGACCCCGUCAUCCAAACCCGGACCAUGUGCUAAUCCAAGAGAAUGAUACCUUCAAGAUGACCAUCGAAGACACUUUCACCAUUGACUUUGACAUUCUGUGGCCUACUCGAGAGUUAAGCUUCGACCUCGUCGAUCCCUCCUGGGAGCCCACAGACUGGUCCUAUCCGUUCUUCUCAGGCCAAAACAACUACGUUGGUUCUCCCCAGCACUACAACCUCAUCUCGGACGCCUACUUUGACGCUCCUGUCCAGCAGUACCCGCGCCUGCCUUCGAGCACAUGGUGGCC